UUUACCCUGGCCUCCGCCAACUUGCAGACAUGCCUCGCCAAUUCCCCAAGGUAACUCUGAGUGAGUCUGAGGAGGAGACCCAACUCCUGGCAGAGAAGGUGUAUGCAUCAGCUCUAAAAGAAGAAGACAAUAAGGAGGCUUUGUCCUUGUUCACGGUUCCUGAGGACUGCCCCAUCGGCCUCCAACAAGCCAAAGAGCAUGAACUGCUUAAGGAGCUGGCAGAGCAGCAGUCUGAGGAGAGCAGCAAGAGGAGGAAAAGCCUAAAGAUUAUUCGCUCCAAGUCCAUGUCCUUGCAGGUCCCAAUCAAUUCAGAUUGGAAUUGGCCAGGGGCUCUUUCCCCAUUUCAGUCACCCAGCUGCAGCUCACUGUGCUCAUCGUUACAAGAAUACUGCCCUGACUACCAAAGGGUCACAAUCAGUGGUGAUUACUGUGCAGGAAUCACAGUGGAAGACUAUGAGCUGGCGGCCAAAAGUCUACUCAAGGCAUUGCUCAUCCGUGAGAAAUAUUCUAGGUUAGCAUAUCAUAGAUUCUGCAGAACCACAGCCCAGUUCCUUCGCCGGGCAGAAAAUUUGAGUUGGUGUGAAGAGGAUGAAGUUCAACCAGAUAUGUGCCCGUGUCCAACACAAGGUGAGGAUCCUUACAGUAUGGAAAACAUCCCAGAGAACCUGACCUAUGAACUGCAGAUGAAGGAUGGAAUAAUACAUGUGUACGACAGCGCUGAUGCUCUCAGAGCAAAUCGUCCACUUGAUCUUCCUUAUCCAGACCUAGAGACGUUUGCAAUAGAUCUCAGCCACGUGCUGGCAAUGAUUGCAGAUGGACCCACAAAAACGUAUUGCCACAGACGACUGAAUUUCUUGAGUUCUAAGUUCCACCUUCAUGAGAUGCUCAAUGAGAUGGCUGAGCUCAAAGAACUAAAAGGUGUACCUCACAGAGAUUUCUACAACGUCAGAAAGGUGGAUACACACAUCCAUGCAGCUGCAUGCAUGUCUCAGAAGCACCUGUUGACCUUCAUACAGAAAACAUGCAACACAGAUUCAGACCGUGUGGUUAUGGAAAAGGCUGGUCAGAAGAUCACUCUUCAACAGGUGUUCCACAGUCUCAACAUGGACCCCUACGACCUUACUGUGGACUCCCUGGAUGUACAUGCUGGGAGGCAAACAUUCCACCGUUUUGAUAAAUUCAAUUCCAAGUACAACCCAGUUGGAGCCAGUGAACUCAGAGAAAUCUUCCUCAAAACCGACAACCUCCUCAACGGCGAGUAUUUUGCACACAUUAUUAAGGAAGUAUCCCACGACUUGGAGGAGAGUAAAUACCAGCAUGCGGAACCACGCCUGUCCAUCUAUGGACGCUCGCCAGAGGAGUGGCAAAGUCUGGCUAAGUGGUUUAUUCUUCACAAAGUGCACUCUCCCAACAUGAGAUGGAUCAUUCAAGUGCCAAGAAUAUAUGACAUAUUUAAGUCAAAGAAGUUGGUGCCCAAUUUUGCCAAGAUGUUAGAGAACAUAUUCCUUCCUCUCUUUAAGGCAACUCUUCACCCACAGGAUAACAAAGAGCUCCAUGUGUUCCUCAAAUAUGUGUCAGGCUUUGACAGUGUAGAUGAUGAGUCCAAGCACAGUGAUCACAUGUUCUCAUUCAGGAGCCCCAAACCUGAAGAGUGGACUGGAGAUGACAACCCUCCGUACAGCUACUAUCUCUUCCACAUGUAUGCAAACAUCAUGGUGCUCAACAAUCUCAGAAAAGAGCAUGGCCUGAGCACCUUCCAGUUCCGCCCACACUGUGGAGAAGCUGGAUCAAUCACACAUUUGGUGUCGGCCUUCCUCACCGCAGACAACAUCUCACAUGGACUCAACUUGAAGAAGAGCCCCGUGCUUCAGUAUCUGUACUACUUGGCCCAAGUACCCAUUGCAAUGUCGCCACUGAGCAACAACAGCCUGUUCCUGGAAUACUCCAAGAACCCUCUACGAGAGUUCUUGCACAAGGGCCUCUGUGUGUCCUUAUCUACAGAUGACCCCAUGCAGUUCCACUACACCAAGGAGCCGUUGAUGGAGGAGUUCGCUAUAGCCGCUCAGCUGUGGAAGCUCAGCACAUGUGACGUGUGUGAAAUCGCCAGAAACAGUGUGCUGCAAAGUGGACUGUCUGACCAGGAAAAAAAACACUUCAUAGGAGUUAACUAUCUUAAAGACGGACCCGAGGGUAACGACAUCCGCCGCACCAACGUGGCCCAGAUCCGCAUUGCCUACAGACACGAGACUCUGUGCAAUGAACUCAGCUUUCUUGUGGACGCUGUCAAGUCUGAAGCAAUGAACUCUGCGGUGUGAAUACAUCCAAUAACUCAUAUACAUUGUUUAUUAAGCGCCAGUAUCUGCAAUGCAAUCAAAGAAAUAUGCUGUCAUAUGAUCUCAAGCUAGCAAGAAGAAAACUUUGCAAAGUAUGAGACAGGCCUCCCCAGGCAGGAGGUGUGCUGACCAGGUCAAACGUGUGCACACAGAGUGUGUACGUGUCAGUGCUGCUUUGAAACAGAUACUGUAUGUCCUUUACUGUUCACACAAGGCACACAAAGGAACCUGCUGAGCAAGCUUUGCACACAUUCAUUUUGGACAAAUGUGAUUGCACAAAUACACAAUGUCUUGUUUGUCCUGAAACUGUCACUUAUUGCAUGUACAGUACUUGAAGUAUCGAAACCAAGGGGCUCCAUCUUUUGUAGAGCUACUUUGACAAAAACAAAUAGUUGUAGUAUUUAUGCGACUGGCAACAUUUAAAUACUAAUUCAUUUGUGAUUUAUGUUA